AUGCGCCUCACCCUCCAGGCCGGGCCGCAGCUCACCUUCCACAUCGACAUUGACCCCGGCCAGACGGUGAGGGCCCUCAAGGAGAAAAUUGAAGCCGAGCAGGGCAGAGAGGCCUUUCCGGUAGCGGGGCAGCAGCUCCUGUAUGCGGGCCGUGUCCUGCAGGAUGACGCUGUGCUCAGAGACUGUCAGAUCCCCGAGCACCACGCUGUGACGGUCCUGGUGGCCAGACCCAAGGCGGCGACCACAGCCACAGCCACAGCCACAGCUCGGCAGUCCCAGCCUGCCACCACGGCCGGGCCCUCUGCCCCCGCAGCAUCGGCUGGUGCUGGGGCCCCAUCGCGCAGCCCUGCCUCGCUCUCCGCGCCCGCCAUGUCCGCGCCUGCCACGUCCACGCCUGCCACUACCAAGGGUGCACCUGCUGGCGCACCUGCGUCACAUCCAGCUGCAGGGCAGUCGGCAGGCCCGCCAGGGGCUCCAAGCCCUACACCAGAUGAUGCCAUCGCGGGACCCUCCUCUGGGGCCCAGCUGUCUGAGCAGGCAGCAAGGGCGCUGCUGACACGUCCGUCUUCCGAGCCAAUGGUCGCCGAGAUCGUGUCCAUGGGCUACGAACGGGAGCACGUCCUUGCAGCCCUGAGAGCCAGUUCCAACAACCCUCACAGAGCCGUGGAGUAUCUUUUAAUGGGACUCCCCGGAGACAGGGCAAGUGCGGCCGAGGUCGAGCCCCCUCGAGCCGGUAGCAGCCGAGCUGGUCGUGAAGAAGCUGGCAGUGAAGGAGGAGGAGUGGACAGCGCGGCAACCGAAGAAGCAUCAACAGCAGAUGGCAGCUAUGUUGAAGUAACACCCCAGGAAUUGGCAGCUAUAGAGAGGUUAAAGGCUUUGGGCUUUCCUGAAGGGCUUGUGGUUGAAGCAUAUUUUGCUUGUGAGAAGAAUGAGGAGUGGGCUGCCAAUUUUCUCCUGGAGCAGGACUUGGAGGAGGACUGA